UUCGACAGGACACUGCAAGUCUCUCCUGAGGCGACUGACCCGUCCCUCAGCCUCAGACGACCCAGUCCCCACUCCAGACCUCUCCCAGACCAGCGUCCAACUCCACCACACGUCGCCCUUCCCCGAUCCACCUGGAUCCGCGGAGAAUCCCACCGUCUGUUGCAGCGCGGUUCCUGUUCGAGGUUCAUUCCUUGUGGUCACGACGAUUUGGGAUCCGAGUCUGACUGUCGGGAGGUGCCCAGGACCACGGACUGAGCCAGACAUUCAGGCGAAGGUGGGCUGCACCUCAAGGGGGAGCAGUGUCCAAGUCUCUCCCCCACCAGACCCACCAUGUCGUUCUCUGGAGAUUAUUAUUACGUGAACGUGUCCUACUACAACCUCUUUGAGAAUGUCUCCACCUACGACUACCCCUCCGUGGAAAGAGGGUCCCAGAUCCCAGUGUCGGCCACCUUGUCCAUCCUCGCCUACGCCCUCACCUUCCUGCUGGGCGUCCCCGGCAACGGCGCCGUCAUCUGGGUGACGGGCUUCAAGAUGAAGAGGAGCGUCAACACGGUGUGGUUCCUGAACCUGGCGGUGGCGGACCUGACCUACUGCCUCACCCUCCCCUUCCAGCUGGCCAACGUCGCCUUGCGAUCCACCUGGCCCAGGGACAACGUCCUCUGCAAGCUCCUCCCCUCCGCCAUCGUCCUCAACAUGUCCGCCAGCGUCUUCCUGUUGACCCUGAUCAGCGUCGACCGCUGCCUGGCCGUCACCCGCCCCGUAUGGUCUCAGACUCACCGGAGUCUGGCUUGGGUGCGUGUGGCCUGCUUCGGGGCCUGGGGCCUGGCCUUCCUCAUGUGCCUGCCCACCCUGCUGACCCGGCAGGUGGUCACGUAUCCCGAGCUGGGCCUGUCGUUCUGCUCCUUCAACUACACCGGGACGUAUUUCGGGGACAGGACCAAGGCGGUGGUGGAGGUGACCCGGGCCGUCUUCGCCUUCGCCCUCCCCUUCCUGAUCAUGGCAGCCUGCUACCUCCUGAUCGGCCGCAAGCUGCAGGGCGGCAAGUUCGCCAAGUCCAGGAAGCCCGUCCGCCUCAUCGCGGCCGUGGUGGCCGCCUUCUUCGUCUGCUGGCUCCCGUACCACAUCUGCGGCCUAGCCCAGGCCUUCGCCUCCAGUUCCGCGGCCCAGGUCUGGGACAGCGCGGCGGUGGGCCUGGCCUCCUUCAACAGCGCCCUCAACCCCCUUCUCUACGUCUUCGCCGGCCGCGACUUCCGCCAAGUCUUCAGGCGCUCGGUGGCCGCCUCGCUCCGCCUGGCUUUCGCCGAGGAGAGGUCGGAGUCGGCCAUCAGCUCUCGCGUCAAGACCGUCUCCAGCGUGGACGGCAGCGUCUGAGGGCACCACGCCUGCCCUCCUCUCCCCUCCCCUCCCGUCCACCCUUGCCCCGCUACUGUUGCCUCAUUCCCACGGGGCUUACUGAUCCAGGCUUCCGGCCUAGUGAACCAAAACCCGAGGCCAUUAACCACCCCCCCACCACCCACCUCCGGUGACCGGUUUAACUCCCGACCGGUUAACCGUCAGAAAGUGUCCAAUUGAAAACCUGGCCCCCCCCCCCCCCCCCCCCCAAACCCAUCUCGCAGCGGCCUGUACGUGACUCUGGGCCUAGUUGGUUCACUGCCCUACCCCCUCAGCCUCCUACGUCCCUUGCCGCCCCUCCCACAGCGAGGCGCUCCCUCCUCACCGCCCCUCCCACAGCGGCGCUCCCUCCUCACCGUCCCCCCCAACAGCGAGGCGCUCCCUCCUCACCGCCCCCCCCACAGCAAGGCGCUCCCUCCUCACCGUCCCCCCCACAGCGAGGCGCUCCCUCCUCACCGCCCCUCCCACAGCGUGGCGCUCCCUCCUCGCCGCCCCUCCCUCAGUGCACCGGGUCCGUCCCCUUCUCUCCCUCAGCCGUUCCAGUGCCCGUCCGGAUACCUCUUCAAUGCUGUGAGAGUCUCUGCCUCCACCACCCCCUGAGGCAGUACGUUCCAGAUACCAGCCCCACCCCCCUCGGGGGAAAAAACUCCCCCCCUCAGAUCCCCUCUGCACCCCUCACCCUAAACUUGCGCCCUCUGGGUUUAGACACCCCCACCACGGCUAAAAGUUUCCCCCCUCCUCACCCGAUCUCUGCCCCCUCACCAUUUUGCACACCUCUGUCAGGUCCCCCCCUCAGCCUCCUCCGCCCCAGGGAGAACAGCCCCAGCCUCUCCGCUCUCUCCCGGUAACCGGAACGUCCCAUCCCGGGCACCGUCCUGGGGAAUCUCCUCUGCAACCUCUCCAGUGCGCUCCCCUCCUGCCUACAGUGUGGUGACCAGAACUGUGCACAAUGCUCCAACGUCUUAUAAAGUUGUUCCGUGACAUUCCUGCUCUACUUCCGUGAGGAAAGUUGAAGACACGAGGAAGAGCAGAAAUUCCUGGAGAGAAACGAUCCGCGUUGUUACGACUUCAGCAAAGGAGGAGAGGGAACAAAUAAACUCUUCGCAAAUGUCUUAUAACCGUCACAUUGGCAAUUAAAUCAAGUCACGUGAA